AUGGCUCAAGUGGCAGCUACUAACGCUCGUCAGCCACUGCUGCAGCUGCUACGCGGUCCAAGCGGCAAACUCUGGGAGGUCUGCAUUGGUCUGGAAGUGCAUGCGCAGAUUUUGAGCCGCUCUAAGCUCAUGAGCGGCGCUGCAGCAGCCACGUUAUCGUCUGCGAGACCCAACCGCCACGUCAGUUUCUUUGAUGCGGCACUGCCCGGGACGUUACCGGUGAUCAAUCGUGAGUGUGUCCACCAGGCUAUUCGUACAGGCUUGGCACUGAAUGCGACGGUGCAUUUGCGCUCGUUGUUUGAACGCAAACACUAUUUCUACUGCGAUCUACCGUUGGGCUACCAGUUGACACAACAACGGGCCCCAGUGGCAUCUAAAGGGAUAUUACACUUUGAUCUACCAGCUUCAGCAAUUAUAAGUGAACACGGAGAGACGUGGGGUGAUGAGGAGGUGACAUUUGAUGCAUCCAAAUACAAGUCAAGGAAGGAAAAGAAUGAGGCACUGAAGAAAUGGAAGGCCAAGCAGGCAGAGAAGCAGCAAUUGGAGGGGGCGAUUCAAAGAAGUGUACGGAUCACUCGGAUUCAGCUCGAGCAGGAUUCAGGCAAGAGUAAUCAUGACUUAGAGGAGGAGAAUACUGUCGUGGACCUGAAUCGUGCUGGUACGGCGCUGCUGGAAAUUGUUAUGGAACCGGACCUUCGAAGUUCGUUGGAAGCUGGACAAGUCAUGCGCCAGUUGCAGCAUUUAUUGCGUCAUUUGGAUGUGUGCGAUGGGAAUAUGGAGGAAGGAUCUAUGCGUUGUGAUUUGAAUGUAAGUGUGCGACCGACAAACCAAGAAGAAGACGCUGGUACGGAACAUCUUUACCGCGCGUUAACAUCCAGCACUGCGGCUCCUUUUGGUGAAAGAGUAGAGGUGAAGAAUAUGAACAGCAUUCGCAAUAUGAUGCGUGCAGCAGAAUACGAAGCCAGAAGGCAGAUUGCGCUUAUCGAGAAAGAGGGUGGAGAGGUGCAUCGCGAGACGCGUUCUUUCGAUGCUGUUACUGGUAAAACUAAACGCAUGCGAUCUAAAGAGGGAGCAAAGGAUUAUCGGUUCUUUCUUGAGCCAGACCUACCUCCACUUGUCUUAACGAAUGACCUCAUUGAGAUGAUCAGUAGAAGUAUGCCUGAACUCCCUGACGUGCUAAAAGAUCGAUUGUGCGCUCAGUACGAUCUCACGCCAUACGAAAGCUCAGUGCUGGUGAACGAACCCGGUGCAGCACACUACUUCGAGUCAAUCGCAGCACAAAACUCUCGACCUUCAAAGAUGGUGGUGAAUUGGGUGCUGAACGAUUUGUUUGGACACUUGAAGGCAUCCAAUGGCGACAUUUUCAGUAGCCCAGUACAAGCCACAGAGCUUGGUGAUCUCAUUGAUCUCAUUCAGGACGGCACCAUAUCGGGCAAAAUCGCCAAGGAUGUAUUAGAGCGCAUGUUCUACGAAAAUGAGGCAAAUAAAUCACCGCUGCAAAUUGUGGAAGAGAAGGGAUGGAAGCAGAUUCAGGACCCUGACGAGAUUCGUUCACACUGCCGAGCUGUUCUCGAUGAUCCCAAAGCGAAGAAGAACCUUGAGGCGUACUGGAAGGGGAAAACACAGCUGUUCGGAUUCUUUAUCGGUCAGGUGAUGAAGCGCUGCGACGGCCGUGUACAUCCGGAGCUUGCAAACAGCAUUAUGCAGGAGGUUUUGGAAGAGAACAAACGAUAG